UUGAAGACUCUUCUGGAUUUGUGAACUGAAUCUAUCGCGCGUGGCAUUGAGCUUUCUAUUCUCGCGCAACGCGAUAUCUCCGCCACGCUCUUUCCCUGCGUGGUCCUGCGUUCACCAUGGCUGCUGGCGGUUGCUGCUCGUCUGGCAAGUGCCAGGCAAGCUCUGCCUGGGACAGUGUUCCUCGAGCAGAUCAGCAACAAGCUGCAGCUUCUCCGCAUCCAUCUUCAGAUUCGACCAUUAUUCCGGAAAAUUUCGCUAGCGACAAGCUCGAAAAGAUGAGUUGUUAUGGAAUCUCACGUCAAUCCGACAAUUACGAGCCAGAAGAACAAGAAGAAAAGCGCAUCACCAAAAAUCGAACGAUGCACUUGCAAUCGAAGCGCCCCACCAAUAUGAAGCACAUAGUCCUGAAUAUCGAAGGCCUCAAGUGUGGGUGUUGCGGUGACAGCGGAAUCUCGCGUGCUCUUGAACAAACUCCUGGUGUCGAAACUUACCACGUCAACGUCGUCCUUGCUAGAGCCGAAUUCGAUCUAAAUGUCCAGAAAACGACGGUUGGAAUGGUCAAGAGAAAGCUGACGGCGGCCACGGGCUACACCUUCAAGCAGUACUUUCAGCCAGAUGGGCAGGUCCUCGAGCUCGCUGUCGAUGAUCCCGCCGAAGUAUACCAGUAAACCUUUACCGGAAAUCGAACCUCCAUCGUGUCUUUGUGAUCUGUCUAUUUGUGGAUCUUCACUGACAUCACUUGUUAUCUAGGCCGGCAAACCCUAUGGUGUAGACUUCAUCGAACAGAACCGCAGUUCGACCUGGGUCCCCC